AUGGCAUCCUUUAGACUGAUCGAGAUCGCUACUGGGCAAGUUAGUAGAUAUUCCCUGGGCAACUCCCCGCCAUACCUUGCAGCGUCUCACGCAUGGAGUGAACAAAGAUUCCCGCUCGGGGUCAGCUUUCUCGACAGCGCAGGUCGCAAAGCUAUAAUCGCCACCAAUGACCAGAGAUUUGCAGGUGGUGUGGAUUACUGCUGGGUUGACACGAUUUGCAUCGAUCAGAACAGCGAUGCAGACAUGAAUGAACAGAUCCCUCUCAUGGGGCAGAUCUUUGGUGGAGCCUUGGCCGUGGUCAUGAUUCUAAGCUGUGACUUACAAAUGUGCCAAAAAGACAUUGACUUGUUGUCCCGACGACUUGAACCAGCAGUUUGGAUGCGCGAAGAAGAAGCUUGGAAGGAAUCUGGUACCAAGUGGCAGAAUGGCAAAGGAAGGGAGCUCCUCCACCUCGGCAUGAGGGGCCUUGCGAGAGUGACUACGACUGCUUGGGCCACCAGAGUAUGGACUUUGCAAGAAUAUAUUCUCGCAAGCCAGGUGAUCUGGAUCGGCAGCGAUCUCGUAUCCCUCAAGAUCAACGACAUCCUGUUUGCCGCGUUGCCGGACAUAUGCGACACCUUGAGCAUUGAUGAAUGCAUCACAGAUGAGUUUGACAGGCUCUAUGGCUACCUGAGCGGCAUGGCUACCCAGCGUCUCGAUAGGUCUCAAGAUUGGUGCGAUCCCACGCGUGUGAUGGAAUUGCUGGGGAAUCGUUCAGCCGAGCUGCCUCGCGACGAAGUCUAUGGAAUCAUGGCAGCUUCCGGCGUUGAGAUCCUGCCGGAAACGACCGAAAUCAGAGAAGAUGCUUGGAGCAAAUGGUUCGAGCAAGCCAUUUUGCAAGGCCACAUGAGAUGGUUGUUAAUGCCAGUGGCAAGUUCAACCGCACUGACCCAUCGAGGGAAGCAAAGCUGCAUAUUGCCGCCUUUUGAGAUGAGGCACAAGCUUUCAGCAGGAAGUGCCUUGAAUAAGGUUGAACCCCUGGGUAGAGUACGCAUGGAGCAAGGUACCGCCAUCAUCGAUGCUCGCUGGAUUGGAGACUGCACAAUCAAGAAGCGCCUGGGCACUGUACACGAGCCGAUCCCUAACCGAAUCCAUCGCGACAUCACUCUGAUUCUUUUCAGCAAAGGACGACUGGCAAGAGCUUCCAAAAUAGCUCGAGCUUUCGGCGCUGGAAGAUAUAAUGAGCGACAGCUCGAGAUGAUUGCACAGCUAUUGACCCGGAAUUGGCGUUGGGCUGUCAAAGCAGUGCGACAGGGCAGUGAGGCGAGUUUCCGCAUGCGCGGACUCAGUGCGCGAAAUGAAACAGUUUGGACCGACUUUGUUGAAUUUCAGAUGGGACAAAUGCCUGGUAUCAACGAGGGCAUCGCAUAUCUAGUCGACGUCAGCCAUCAGUCGCUCGUUGUGGAGACGGUCAUAGUUCUUCCGCCGGACCGUCCCGUCCCAACGGCUAGGCUUGGUGUCAUUGAUCUUGGAGCACGUACAGUCGACAAGAGGAACAUUUUCAUGAUCGUCAGCGGUCAUGACGAUAGCUCCAGCUCCGUGCUUCACAAAGUCGCAGUCACAUUACCCAUUACUGGAGACUAUGAGGCGCACAUUGCUCGCCUCCCUCUACAAGAGUUUGCAAUUGGAGGCGAGAAAUGCAGUACUUGCUUGGACCAAGCAUUAGCUUAG